AAAUAAAUAAUGUAAGUACGAGCUUAGUAAACGAAUAACGAAUUCACUUAUUCACUUGUCUAAAUUUGCGACUUUUUAGUUUUUAAGUUAAAUUCCAUAGUUGUGUAUAUUUAUAUGCGUCUUAUAUUUACAAUUUCAUUCAUCGAACCAUUUAUCAAUAAUAAUCUUUAAAAUGUUUUACAAUAAAUCAUUGAUUUUUCAUGUCAUUUUAUUAAGUUUUUUUGAUACAUGGUUGUGAACAUUUAAAAAAUUAAAAACAAAUCCUGAAAUUUUGGACAUUUCUACGUCUUUCACUUACCUAAAAUGGAUACUUUAGUGGAUGACAAGCAGCCUACUGAUACUGUUGAAACAUUGGAAAAUGAUGUCAGUAAUGAUGAAGUUUGGGAAAUAAUUGAUAAAGAAGAUGACGAGGACCUGAGGAAUUUGUCUGCUGGAGUUUAUGCAUUUAUACUAUUGAUAAUUGGAAUACCACUAUGGUGGCGAAUGACAGAAGUACAACGCCACCCUCUACCAUAUGCAGAGAUCUCACAAUUGGGUACCGUGGAUGUAGUUAUUUCUACUGACAUAUUUGUAUAUACCAAAAAUCCAUAUGUAACAGACCGUAUUAUUGAACAAAUGUAUACUACAUUCAACUCAACUAUGUUUAAAAUCAAUGCUCAACCUUCCACUCUCAUUAAUUCAGACCGUUCAUUGAAUGAAUUAGAGAUAGUUAUAACUCCAUUAGGAUCAUUACAACUAAUUGAAACCAAUAGUGUGGAUGAUAUAAUAGUUGGUAUUGGACGCAAUAUUUAUUUCCCUCCUAAUACAGACAUUGAAUUAUUAAUGGAUUCAUUAUUAAGACUCUUACAAACAGAUGCGUUGUCUGAUUCAAUGAUAUCAAUGUUGAAUCCUGGUAAUCAUUCUGAUGACCAGCAAGUAGUUACUGAUAGACAGCGUCGAGUAAGACCAUCAUCGGAUUAUAAUGUACUCCUUACUGUUGUGAAUCCAGAACCUGAAAAACUACAUGUGGAUUGGAAGCCAGAAAUACCUUUAAAUCGUUAUCUUCAACCUUUACUAGAUCAAUUAAAACUAAUUUCAAACUUUUCUGUGCAAUCUCAAUGGCUUUAUUUAAUCGAUUUAGUUCAAAAACCUCCAAAAUUGAACACCACAUUUGUAUUAGACAAGAAUCACGCUCAAUAUAUAAUUACUCCACUAGAAAAAAAAUUAGGUUCUGGAGUGUCUCGAAAUCCAUGUAUACAUUUUGUCGUAUAUGUAACCCCUUGUUCUUAUAUACCUUUAUAUUUUCAUGAAAACGAUCAGUUAACUACUGCUAUGAUGUCAGCUCGCUGGGGUGGAGUUCAAUUUUUAAAUGCCAAUGAAAUAUCAUGCAAUGAAUCAGUAAGCUUCAUACCUGAUGAUCUCAGUAUUAUGACUCCCAUUAUCACCCAAUUUCAUUCACUAAUUGGUGUGCCAAAUAUGUCCAAACACAUGUCAUUAAUACCAUUAAAAUCAUCUACUCUGCGCCAAUGGCAAUUGGAUUCAAUGUACAGACUAAAAAUUAUUGAACAAUACACUAAUACACGUAUUACUUUAACCUCAUUGUCAAGACUUUUGGGUGAAAUUAGUAAUAUUGUGAUAAUUAAAGAAGUUGGAAAAGCAGUAACUGAAUCUGUAGAAGCGGCUACUAAAGUACUACACUUUUUAGAAAGAGGACAAUUGGAAGAAGCACUGGAAUACAGUAAAAUAGCAUUUGAAACAUCGGAGUUUGCAUUCACUCAUCCUUCAUUAUUGGCUUUACUCUAUUUUCCGGAUGAUCAAAAAUAUGCUGUUUAUAUUCCACUGUUUUUGCCUGUAAUGAUCCCUGUACUAAUGUCUUUGAAAGGAGUUAGAAAAUGGAUAUACUUUAAGUACAACAUUUAAUUUAAUGAUAUUUAAUUUAUUAUUAUUAUUAUUAUUAUUAUUUUAUAAAUAAAACAAUAAACUGACUGUCCAAUAUUUCA